ACCACUUUAGUUUGCCAAUGACAGUUGAUGAAUACUCAGCCAAACUGCGGGCAAAGUUAGAAGAGAAACUUCCUUCAACUCCACUUCUGCCAGGUGCUGAAAAACUAAUUAGAUACUUCCACAGCAUUAACAUUCCGAUUGCCGUAGCCACCGGCUCAGACAAAUGGGGAUACAGCAGAAAGAUCUCUAGGCAUAAGGAGCUAUUUGACCUAUUUCACCAUUACGUUCUUGCCGGUGAUGACCCAGAUGUCAGACAUGGCAAGCCUGCCCCAGACUGCUUCCUUGUGUGUGCUCAGAGGUUCGGAGAUAAUCCACGAGCAGAAGAAAUUGUUGUCUUUGAAGAUGCUGCCAAUGGUGCUGAAGCUGGGCUUGCUGCUGGCAUGAGAGUGGUGUGGGUUCCAGACCCUCGAGCAGACCAGUCAGUCCUACAAGGCCGUGUGGAUGUGAUCCUAGAAACUUUGGAACACUUCAGACCAGAAGACUUUGGUUUGCCACCUUACAGUCAUCAUUAG